AUGGGUAAAACAAGUCUAGCAAGAGUUGUUUAUAUUAUGAUUUCCAAUCAAUUUGAAGCAUGUAGUUUUGUUGCUGAUGUCAGGGAAGUUUACAAAGAAUAUGGCAUACUUCAAUUACAACAAAAACUUUUGAAUGAUCUUUUGAUUCUAAGAGAUAUGAAUGUAAAAGAUGUUGAUAAUGGAGUUUCCAUGAUCAAGAAUAGGUUACGUCACAAAAAUAUUCUUCUCAUUCUUGAUGAUGUAAAUGAAUUAGACCAGUUGAACAAAUUAGGUGCAAAGCAUUGGUUAGGUCCAGGUAGUAGAGUUAUCAUAACAACAAGAGAUAUGAAGUUGCUAAUGACACAUAAAGUAGAUGAAAUAUAUGAGGUUGAAGUAUUGAGGAAUGAUGAAGCUUUUCAUCUUUUUAAUUCGAAAGAUUUUGACAAAGAGCAUCCUACUAAAGAUUAUCUAGAGCUAUCCCAAGCCUUUGUACAUUAUGCUAAUGGCAUUCCUUUAGCCAUUGAGGUUUUGGGUUCCUUUCUGAAUGAAAGAAGUACUUCUAAAUGGAAAAGUGAAUUAGAUAGGCUCAGAGAGUUUCCUGAAAGCAAAAUUCUCAAUGUGCUUCAAAUAAGUUUUGAAGGACUACAUAAAAUAGAGAAGGAAAUUUUCUUGAAUAUUGCAUGCUUCUUUAAUCAUAAAAAUCAAGAAACUAUUAUAGCAAUAUUAGAUUGUCUUAGGCUUUACCAUGAAAUUGGAUUAAGGGUUCUUAUUGAAAAAUCUCUCAUCAAGUUGCAAGACAAUCAAUUGUGGAUACAUGAUUUACUUCAAGAAAUGGGUCGGGAUAUAGUUUGUAAAGAGUGCCCCAAAGACCUUGGAAAGCGUAGUAGAUUAUGGUUGUAUAAAGAUAUUGACAAUGUGUUGACCAAUAAUAUGGGAACAGAAACAAUUCAAGGCAUAGUAUUAAAGUUACCCAAACCAAAAGAGGCACAUUGGGACCCUGAAUCCUUUUCAAAGAUGCAUUGCCUGAAGUUCCUCAUAAUUGGAAAUGUUCAGAGUGAGUAUCCUUCGAAAUCUUUACCAGCAAGUUUCCAACCAAAUGAGUUGAUUGAACUUCACAUGUGUUGUAGCAACAUUGAACAACUUUGGAAAGGAAUAAAGUCUUGUAAGACGUUGAAAUUCAUCAACUUGAAAAUCUCUCUAAAAAUUUUUGAAACCCCUGACUUCACCAAAAUCCCAAUUCUUGAGAAAUUAGUUCUUAAAGACUAUAUAAAUUUACAAGAGAUACAUCCAUCAAUUGGAGUUCACAAAAAGCUUACUCUUCUUAAUCUAAAAGGUUGCAGAAACCUUAGAAGUCUUCCAGGAAAGUUUGAAAUGGAGUCUCCUAAGAUCAUUAUUCUUUCUGAAUGCUCAAAUUUAAAAAGAAUUCCAAAAUUUGGGGAGAACAUGAAACAUGUAUCAAAACUUUACUUGGAUGACACUGCUAUUACAAAACUACCCAUAUCAAUUGGAAAUUUGACUGGCCUUUCUUCAUUGAACUCCAAACGCAAGUCAGACCCCAUGAGAGUGCUGUGUACAUAUGCAUUUUGUGAUGUUCUGCCACUUGCUCUUCUUUUUCUUUUGCAAGUGGAGGUACCUCCUCCCACAACUGGUGGGACUCUAGUGAAAGAAGUGAUGACAGCUUCCUCUGCUGUUCCCCUAGGCGUGGAAAAGGAGCCUGAUGUGACCAAGGAAGUUGGGCAGGUAGUGAAGGAUGUCCAGCCCACUCUGCCUUCUGCUCCUCUAGCUGCUCAGGACCCUGAAGCUUCUUAG